UCUCUCUCUCUCACUGUUUCACUCACAUGCAUCUUACUCCUUCACAGACAUGCUUUCCUCCUCUCUCCAUCUCUCCGUGCUCUGUAGCAACAUCAGCCUAAAUAUUGCACAGGAGGGUAUUUCCGCCACUUUAGUCAUUAGUCAUCGCCGAUUUUGGGGACAAGCUUAUUAAAAGCAUGGCGAGUCCGUGGACUGUGUGAGUGCAAUCGUGCAAGGUUUGGGAGGCUGCCGCCUGCUGCACGCCUCCUUCUCUUCAUCUUGCUGUCUGAAGAGCACUGGACUAGGAAAGGGCAAGAAAUUUGAGACAUUUGAUCAGACAUGGUCACCGUAUAGGAAUCUCUGGCGCCACGGCAACCGGCAGCCCAGCAACGAGACCAGAAGGUUGAGAGCUGAGACGAGGGAGGUUGAAAUAAACACAGAGGCAUGGCAUUGGAGGAGAAGCCUGGAGUGAAGAGCAGCAGCUCCAUUGUCCCCUGUUUCCUGUUUGUUGAGCUGGUCAUCAUGGCUGGGACAGUUCUCCUGGCUUACUACUUUGAGUUCACUGACACCUUCCCCGUGCACAUCCAAGGGUUCUUCUGCUAUGACAAAACCUUCUCCAAGCCUUACCCUGGACCAGAUACUACCAGCAAGAUUCCCCCCGUCCUCAUCUACUCGCUUGUCACUGCCAUUCCCACCUUCACGAUUGUCGUUGGAGAACUGUGUGCUUUCUUCACCAAGGCAGAGGGAAGCCAGGAGAAGACCAUUGUCACGGCAGAUUGCUGCUACUUCAACCCCCUGCUAAGACGUAUCAUCCGCUUCUUAGGUGUCUAUGCCUUUGGUCUAUUUACCACAAGCAUCUUCGCCAAUGCCGGUCAGUUGGUGACAGGAAACCAAACUCCUCACUUCCUCUCCGCAUGCCGACCAAACUACACAAUCCUGGGUUGCCAGUCCAACACGCAAUACAUCACAGAACGCCGAGCCUGCACCGGCAACCCUCUCGUUGUUAUAUCUGCACGUAAAUCUUUCCCAUCCAAGGACGCGGCGCUCGGCGUCUACUCGGCGGUGUACACAGUGAUGUAUGUGACGCUGGUGUUCAAGACCAAAGGUACGCGUCUGACAAAGCCCACCGUCAGCUUCACCUUGCUGUGUCUGGCCAUGAUCGUAGGCGUGGUCAGGGUGGCUGAAUAUCGCAACCACUGGGCCGACGUCCUGGCGGGAUUCUUCACCGGAGGAGCUAUCGCUGUCUUUCUGGUGACUUGUGUGAUUAACAACUUCCAGCAAAUGCAGCCUAGGCCUUCUUUGCAAGUACCCCAGCGCCCUGAGUCAACGUUGGGGAUGCCCAUGGUGACGCUGCCAUGUGUGGAAAGUCCACUCGAAAAACUCCUGGGGGAUCUCCGUUCACUGAGAUCACAUGACCAUCAGCCCUAUCGGUUCCCCGCCAAACCCGAUGUCCUCAUACUGUCUCGCUCCAUUUCCAGCGAAGUCUAGACCAGCCGGAACAGCACUCUCCUCGCUGUGCCGCACAUUCAGCCGGGCGCUACGCGACGCUGCACCGCUCCUAUUCCACGCAGGUCUAGACUGCUGAUACACAAUCCUAAACAUCUGGAACCCCCCCCCCCCCUCCAACCAAACUCCCAGGGAACCGAUAGGCUUGACUUUUUUUCAAAAACUUUCUCUUGACUGGAAUCCCAGUGAAGGACCAGAACAUUCACUUUUCUUUUUCCAACAAUCUUUUUUGCCGUCUUUCUACUUUUUUAUAUAAAAUCAUGAAGCUCACCUUUUUCAACUGAUGUGCUUUGUUUGGAAAGACCACAAAGAAUGUCCAUGUCCCCCCCCCAUCCUAUCACUCCGUGAAAAUGUGUAUAUUACAGUGAACCCUCGUUUAUCACUGGAGAUACGUUCAGAUCAACCUACAAAGUAUUUCCCCAUUCCACAUUCUUUUAACACAUGUACAUUCAUUAAAAUAUGCUUAAACGUACAAAAAAAUGAAAGUAGUACUUAUUUUUAACCUUUGCUACAUGCUGUUCGUCCAGUUACAGUUUACUGUAAAAAAAAAUACACAUAAAACCAAAAUAUAUCGUAAAAACCCACAAAACGAUGAACCGCAAUACAACGGGGUUCACUGUAAAUAACAAAGUUGAAUUGAUUUGCUUUACUAGCUUAAAGUUGCGACCAAAGAAACCCGCUAAAGAAAAUGUGUGCUGCUAGUUUAGCCGUACAAAAAAAAAAGAAAAAUCCUGAUAUGAUUUUUGCUUCUCCGCACUCCAUCGCUUUAUCUUUCGAUCUCAUUACUUUCAUGCAUGCAGCGCCUCGAAGCCACGUGUAACACGCUCACACACAAAAUGGUUGGAGUCGCUAUACCGUAGCCAGCGCCGCUUGAGGUUUACUCGGAUCAAAGGAUCCAUUUGCGGCCAACACAGAAAAACAAUGGCAAACAGGAUUAAAGUGGAAACGUCGUCAAGUGGCAAUCAUGUUUUGUUUCUCAGAUGGACGUAGCUUGCUCACUGCUCACAAAUGCAAACAGAAAAAGGCCAUACUCGCCACAAUCUAGGCACAGAUAAAUACCAUCACAAUCAGGAGCAAAAUUCUUUUUUACCACAGCACAAAUCUCAUUAAGGUUAUUUCAUCUCUGCAAUAUGUUUGCAAUCUUGUAAACUGUGAAAUCUGCAUGGGGAUUGCAAAGGAUAAAUAAUAUCGACUCGAAAUGCUGGACCAUACUUCCUGAGAACCACCCAUAUCAUUAUUGGUGUGUGUAUGUAAGUCAUCUCCAGUACAUCACACACUAUUCGAUCUGUAAAAUGUCAAAAGUCAGACCGCAAGCACAAUUUUUCAUCAAACUUCAUCAAAAGUCCCAUUUCUUGGCGUUCUUUCCUUUUGUCAGAGUACAAAAUGUUAAAUAAUGUUAUGUGCCUUGUUAACUCGCUGUCACAAUUCUCAUUCAAACUAAAUAGCUGAUGUCAAAUAACAAAUUGAAAAUUAAUUGUCAUCUCUUGUUUACCUUUUACCUUGAUGAUAUCUUACGCAAGAUGGCAGAGAGUUUAAAUUACAAAUAAUCUUCAUGAACUGAACACGUCUCAAGUUUUGACUGAAGUCUUCUAACAUUCAGAAAUUAUUAAUAUUACAAGAAUUAUUAUUUUCUAGUUAAACAAACACCAACGAUGAAAUUGGAAAUUGAUUGGCUGUCAGAGAUUAUCCUUCUGUAAUUUUAUGUUUAUUUAAUUUUUCAUACAUCUACUCACUGCCAUAACUAUCAAUGAUUAAUCAAUUUAUUUAUAAUCGAAUUAUUCAUGGGCAUGUAUUUGAAAUACGGUGGGGUUGUUUUCGGCACGGCGUGCAUGGCGACAGUUUUGCUGACUCCGAUUUGCACACUUCCUCCAUUCCAAGGCACCACUGCUAUAUUCUUCUUAAUUAUCAUUUACUCGUCUAAUGUUUCCCUCUGCUGGAGAAUACACACUUGAGUGCACACUUAAAUUUGUAUGUCAUUUCUCAUGUAGUAAUUUAUAUAUGUUCACCAGUUUAAUCCAGUUUUUACCCUGGAAACUGUAUAAUAUUGUACAUAGUUUAUUUAUUUCGUUUUUGUAUUGAGAGUCAUAUGAGGAAAAAUCUUGCAAUUAUUGAGUUAAUAAUGAGAUCUCAAAUGAACUUCUUAUUGGCCAAAAAUAAGACAAGGAUUGAAAAAAAAAAUUCCAUCAUACCCCAAAAAGUAAUCAUUAUCACUGGUAGAAAUUUGGAAAUGAGCCACAUGGCAGAAAACUAACCAAAUUAAUUGUAGCUAAAUUACUGUGCUGUAUUUGGUCAAAAAUGUUUUUACAUACAUAUCAACAGCAAUUGAAUCUUUUUUUUUUUUUUCUUUCUGAGAUGGCGUCAAGACUGGAGCUAUCAAUGAAUGCAUGUGUGGCCUGUAAAAUAAAAAUUAACGGGAGGACAGUAAACAUUUAAUAGCACCAGCUAUUGCAAUACUUCAUCCCGAUGAAGAUGUGAAUUAGCAAAAAAAAAAAAGAAUUAAUAGCAACAACAAUAUGAUUAUAUAGCCUAUUAUGUGCAGGCAAGUGACCUUUUUUUUUUACUGCCUUGCAGUGCGAAACAUCUCCAAAGUCAAACUGCCAUUGUGGAAGUUCAGAAAUGCUGUGUACACAUUUUAUUCACGCGUACAAACUUUUUUUUGUCAGAUUCAUGACAUUUGCAGCACGACAUCCCAACAUCAUGAUUUUUCAUCAGCAGAAAUGCCUUACUGACUAACUUUAUGGUCAACAACAGCACAUAUGGCAAAUAAUUCAUCUGAGUGUGAUGUGUGUUUUAUAUUUUCAGUGCAUUGUGUGUCAACGUUCCAUUUUAAAUGUGUCAACGCAAAAAGAAAGAAAGAAAUCAAAGAACCAAUCUGUAUAUGUUUUGCUCGGGUUCAAUCAUCAGCAUGGCAGUUUACUUUGCCGGAAAGUAAUAUCGGUUUCGGUGAAGAAGAAAAAAAAAGAGCACCGGUGUCCCUAAGAUUUGCAACACUUUGGCUUUCUUCAAAUCUAGUUGCAGCAAACUGUUUUGUAAGAAUUGUGUGAUGAGAACAAUAAAUGGAUAUUGCAAUAAGA